UGCAUUUGAGCCAAAAGAGCAGCAGCAGCAGCAGCAGCAGCAGCAGCAGCAGCAGCAGCAGCGUGUGAAACAUGCAAGAGAAGUGUCGCCUUUUCCUGUUCACCAGCCUCUUGGCUCUGGCUAUGCCUCUUUCUUUGGCGUUCAACAUUGACAUGACAAAACCCGACGUCUACACUGGUGAACAAAAGGAUUUCUUUGGAUACAAAGUGCUUCAGUUCAUUUCCGACACGGACAAAGGGAUCAUCGUCACUGCACCUCUGCAGCUCAACGGAUCCGGAGGAGUCUGCAAAGUGGACAGAAACCAAAGCACCUUCUGCUUCAAUUCUGAAGACAAAACAAAUCCAGUGAAGCACCUUGGUUUGUCGAUUGCCGCUGACUCUGCAAACUCUCAGUUCACUGUUUGCAGUCCGAAUGUGGCCCAUGAAUGUAAUGAAAACUCCUACCUGAGCGGUGUGUGUUACAAGAUAACUGAUCAACUUAAGCAAAUCUCCAACUUCACACCUGCGUUCCAAGAAUGUACAAAAAAGACAGUGGACCUUGUUUUUCUGUUUGAUGGAUCAAACAGUAUGACAACGGAUGAGUUCAACAACAACAAAGUUUUCAUUAAGGAUAUAAUGAAGAGUCUGAGGAACACAUCAAUCAAGUUUGCAGCAGUUCAGUUCUCCUCAGAUCCCAGGACCGUUUUUGACUUCAAUGACGAUCAAGCUGGCAGAGCUGUUGGUAAACUUGAAAAAGAGCCGCACAUGAAGAUGCUCACCUGCACAUACAAAGCCCUCAAAUUUGUGCUGGAAACUAUCUUUGAAAACCCAGCAGUCGGUGCCUCUCCAGAUGCAACUAAAGUUCUUGUUAUGAUAACAGAUGGAGAUCCCAGUGACUCAAACAGUACAAUGGACAUUCAAAGAUAUGUUGAGAAACACAUCAUUCGCUUUGUCAUUGCGGUCAAAGAUGCCAAACUGGACAAAUUUACCGACAUUGCUUCAAAACCAACAGACAAAUAUGCCUUCAAAAUUGAGAACUAUAAAGGACUGACUGGAAUACUGGAGACUUUUCAAAAAAAGAUCUUUAUAAUGGAAGGCUCCAGCGUGGCUCGAGGAGGACACAUGGAAAAUGAAAUGUCUCAAAGUGGAUCCAGUGCUGCCUUUCAUAAUGAUACGUUGAUCCUGGGUUCAGUGGGAUCAAAGACUUGGAGAGGCUCUCUGCAAGAGCUCCAAGAACAAAAAGAAAGACAAAUUGAAGAUCCACGCAUGCAGAAUGACUCGUACCUUGGAUACUCAAUAUCUGUUGGACAGAUGGCGAACACGCCUCUGUACUUCACGGGGGCACCAAGAUUCAGACACACAGGGCAGGUGGUACUCUUCAAACGUGAUGGCACGGAGUGGACUGUAGCCCAAAGACUCGAUGGGGACCAGAUUGGUUCAUACUUCGGCGCAGAGCUGUGCUCAGUAGACAUCGACUCGGACGGUACCACUGACUUCCUGUUGGUGGGAGCGCCCAUGUUUUACCAGCCUCAGGACAAGAGAGAAGGCCAGGUCUACGUCUACACUGUGACUGAUGAGAUACAACUGAACAUUGAGCUGAAAAUAGCGGUGCCGUCUGUGGGCAGAUUUGGCACCACCAUAUCCAGCCUUGCAGAUCUGAAUGGUGACAGACUCCGCGACGUUGCUGUUGGAGCUCCUCUGGAGGAUGAGAACAGGGGGGCUGUGUACAUUUACCUGGGUGACAAAUGCAAAGGAAUACGCAGCACGUUCAGUCAGAGAAUCAGCGCUCAGGAAAUUAAUCCUCGACUGAGACUGUUUGGACAAGCCAUCGAUGGAGGCAUCGACCUGGGAGAGGACGGACUCCCAGAUGUUGUGAUUGGAUCACAGGGCACGGCUGUUUGCUUGAGGUCCAGGCCUGUCGUCAACGUCACAACUCAUGUCUCUUUCCAACCUAAGGUGAUAAGCACUGAGAGAUUUGACUGUGUGGCCAAAACAGAUGAAAUGUUGCCAAUGGGAAACUUAACAGCCUGCUUCAAAAUGGUGGAAACUACAAAAAGCAAAGCAGGGGUGAUGAGUUUGGGGAUGAACAUCUCAUACAUGCUCAACGUGGAUCCGAUGAGACAAAUGUAUCGAGGUUUCUUUGGAGGUGACAAUAAAGCCAGGAAUCUUACAUCUACCUUCAAUCUGAAGGAUGUUCAAGUUUGCUUCAGCUACAACAUCUCCAUGCCAAAAUGUGUGAAAGACACUUUAAUGCCCAUCAGCAUUAAAUUAAACUUCUCUCAAGUGGACAGUGAGAGAACGAGAGCCGUGCUGAACGUGGACAGUCGAAGCCAGGAUGUGAUUGAGGUUCCCUUUGAAAAGCAGUGUGCAAAAGACGACACCUGUAUCGCCGAGCUCGAGGUGGAUUUCAACUUCACGACACCGACUUUAUUGGUAGCAGAAGAAAACUACCUCAAUGUGAUGGUGAAACUGUCCAAUCAUGGUGACGACUCCUACAACACCAGCCUUACCAUGUACUAUCCUCCAGGCCUGUCCUUCUCCAUGAUGACUCUGACAGAGGCGACGAAGCAGACGCUACACAGCUGCAGCGACCUCGAAGCGCUCGAUAAAACCAUAUGUGGCAUCAGUCUUCCUGUUUAUCGCAGCAGAUCUGCUGCAACAUUCCAUUCUUCUUUCUACAUCAUUUCCGGCUACGAGUGGAAUGACACCCUGUCAAUGACCAUCACUGGAAGAAGUGACAACACAAACAUCACCACGAACAGUUCCCUCACCAGAGUCAUUCCGGUACAAUUUGAAAUCAGAAUGGUGGUGACAGUGAAAGAAGAAACCACCACGUAUCUGAACUUCACUUCAGAUGAUGAUGCACCUAAAAAAGUGCAGGUUAUAUAUAAGAUUUCUAAUCAGGGUUGGAAGUCUUUCCCCGUCAACGUGUCCCUGUUCUUCCCGACAAAACUGGAACAUAACUUUGAAAUGACGGACUAUCAAGUUUCCGUCCAGCAGAACAAAUCUCAGUGCAGUGUCAGCGACGUUGACUCUGAAAACUGCUCGCCAGAUAAAAACUGCAAAGCCGUCGCGUGUGACACGUUCACUCUGGAAAAAGAAUCCGACACCGAAGUUCUAUUGUCAGGAAACGUACAAUUCAAGGAUCUGAAGAAGCACGCAGAGAAUAUUGCAUUUCUGAAGCGAUACACUGGAGACAGUGCGGAGGUUCAAUUCAAAAGCUUUAUCCACGUCACAUGCGACAGGAAACGAUAUGUGCUGGAUUCUCGUCAGCGAAAGAGCCAUGAUGGAUUCACGCGGACGUCGUCUCCUGAAAGUAGCUCAUGGAAAGACAACGAUCCAACAAGGAAAAGGAGUGAAGUUCGUGUCGAGUUCAUCAUUCCCCCGAAUCAACAGCUGAUCAUUGUGACUGGAGUUGUACUGGGAGUGUUUCUUCUCAUCAUCAUCACAAUCAUCAUGUUCAAGCUGGGUUGUUUCAAGAGGAAGAAGUAUUAUGACGAUCAGGAGGAAGCUGCUGCUCUCCAGGGCGACGCCCUCAUGCAACCCGCCAGCCCCGCCCCCACAAUCGAGACUGAGGACAAACCCGAGCCACCUUCAGAGGACAAAGUGCUGCUUGAUGACGUCGAAGCAAACGGCAUCAGUUCCACAUUUGACACACAGGAGGCGCUAGAGGAAACAACAGAGAUGAAGAAAAUCAAUGGAGAAUAAAGUAUGAAACAAUAUUAACUAGUGACUUAUCAUUAGUUAAUCAUUGACCGAACAUUGACUAGUUAAUGAUUACGUAUUUAUUAACUUAUGAGUGAACAAUUAGUUUAUCUAAUUAGAUUAACUAGAAUGAAUUUAUCAUUAGUUAAUUGUUGACUAAUAAUUAAGUGAUCAUUACUUCAUUUUUGGAACACAGUAAACAAAAGUCAUUAGGAGGUAACCAUGAGUCAAUGAUUAGUUAAUGAUUAACCUAUGGAUUAUCUAAUUACUAGUUAAUAUUUAGUACACCGUAAACAAAAGUCAUUCGGAGGUAACCAUGAGUCAAUGAUUAGUUAAUGAUUAACCUAUGGAUUAUCUAAUUACUAGUUAAUAUUUAGUACACCGUAAACAAAAGUCAUUAGGAGGUAACCAUGAGGCAAUGAUUAGUUAAUGAUUAACCUAUGGAUUAUCUAAUUACUAGUUAAUAUUUAGUACACCGUAAACAAAAGUCAUUCGGAGGUAACCAUGAGUCAAUGAUUAGUUAAGAGUUAAUUAGUACAUUUGUGGUACACACAGCAAACAUGGAUUAAUUAAUCAUUAGUUGUUUAUUAACUGAUUAACUGAUGUACACAGUAACCAAAUGCCAUGAAAACGUAAUUAUGAGCAAAGCGUUACUUAAUAUCUCUUAAUCUAUUGAUCCAUUAAUUAAUAGUUAAUGAAUAACUAAUAAUUAAGGGUACUCAUUAAAGAAGGUUUUCAUGAGAGAAUGAUGACAAAAUGGUUACCUAUCAAAUAUUAAACUAUUAGUCAAUGAGUAAUCAUUAGUUAAUGAUUAGUUAACCUACUUCAUUAGGUUCAGGCAACCACAUCUGAGCAGAGAAGAUUCCGUCGAUGACGCCGCUUUCACCUUCGUCCAGGUUUGGUGUCCAGCGUCUGAUCGUGUGAUAAACGCUGACGCUGGUUCGCUGAUGUCGUGUAUUUUUAAGAUGUGUAUAAAUAUUGUUAAAUAAGCGACCGUGUGAGUCUGAAAGCUGCUUACAAAUAAAAUGUACUAUUAUUAUUA